AUGCCUCACAUCAACUUUCUCCCAAUUGAGACGAUCUCGAAGCUCGCAUCCCUCUCCAGCCUCAUCCUCGUCAUCGUCUUGGUCUGCUACUUUUUCAUCUGCUACUAUGUCUUCCAACCACUCAUUCCUCGAAUCUACGGCUCACCGUUCCUUUCUGUCACCUUCGGCACUAGCACCUUCCAUUCAGCAUUGGUUCAUGGCCACAACCCGAUGAGUCCUAAUACUGUCAUCAUUGGUGAUAUCCUCGUUGUAGCCGCGCACAUGCUUGUAGGCAUGUAUGCCUUUGAGUUGUUUUAUAGGGAUCGGAUCAGUCCUGUGUCAGUGUUACAUCAUAUUGGGACGAUUAUUAUUGCUGAAACCUCAAUUGCUCUCUCGCUGGGGAAGAUUCAGGAGAGUGAUGCUGGGAUUGAGUUUAUGCUUUACGCAUUCGACAUCGUCGCCGAAUUCCUCCCCCGCCUAGCCCUCAUCCUCUACCGCCUACACCCUACCUCACCCCACUUCCUUAGCAAACUCUUCAGAAUAACAGCAUGCACCGAACUCGACGGGACAAUCUCCGAAACCGCCGUAACAAUGUGGCUCUUUGGCUCGUUAUGGCAUCGCUGGACCCUCCCGUUUAAGAUCGUUACGCCGCUGCUGCAUAUACUGUUUGCUGCGGCGCAGUUGCGGGGUUCGUAUGUGUUUUGGCGGUUGUGGCAGAGGGAGAAGGCUAAGGUGGCCGGUUUGGAUGCUGCGGAUGUUGAGAUGGGUAGAGAGGGGCAUGGGGGGGGAGGAGAGUCCACCAGGGACUGCGACGGAGAAGACGUGCUAUUAAAGACUUUAAGGCAGGGCAUGAAAAAGGACAUGUAA